AUGAGGCAAGGCUGGGGCAGGUGUGGUCACUUUUCCCUCACACUGGCUAUAGCCACAGUAGUGGCAUUGACCUUUCUCGGGAAUCUGGCGGCAGCGUGCCUAGCACCAUGCACCUGCCUAACUUUGGGCAGUGUGGUGGACUGUGGGGGCCUCCACCUGCUCAGCCUCCCCCCCAGGCUCCCUGAUGGAGUCUGGCUCCUGGAGCUGAGCCACAAUAAUCUCAGCCACCUGCCGGUUGGCUCCUUCCAGGGCCUCUGGGGACUGCGGGUGCUACUUCUUUCUCACAAUAUCCUGCAGAAUCUGGCUAGUGGGGCCCUGGGUGGCUUGAGUUUCCUAGAGCGGCUAGACCUCAGCCACAACCAGCUGGCCCGCCUGCCCCCAGACUUCUCAGCCACCCUGGGCUCUCUACUUCGUCUGGACCUCUCUCACAACCUGCUCGCCACCUUGGACCCCUGCAGCCUGUGGGGCCUGGGGAGUCUGGAGCAGCUUGACCUAAGCCACAACAAGCUGGCUGAGUUGGCUGCAGGGCUCGGGGGCCUCUAUCGCCUACGCUGGCUCUCGUUGGCUGGGAACCAGCUGCACCGUGUUGAAGGCACUGCCCUGGCCACCAUGACAGGCUUGGAAGUCCUUUCUCUGGCUGAGAACAACAUCAGUGAGCUGGAGGCUGAGGCAUUUGCAUCCCUGCGGGCACUGGGCUUCCUCUCUCUCGUGGGCAACCAACUGCAGCACCUGGAGUUCAAUGCGGUGGCACGUAUCCAGACAGCUGGCACGCAGCUGUUGCUGGCCAUCAACCCCUGGACAUGUGACUGUGACCUGCAGCGGGCCUUCAGGAAGCUGAGUCACCUGCGGCACUUGCGUGUGGCCGACCUGGGCAACUUGACAUGCGCUGGGCCUGGGCAGCUGUCAGGGGCAGUGCUGAGCAGUGUAGAGGCCCGGCUCUGCCUGGCUGAGACGGCCACAGUGCUGGGCAUCACAGGCACCAUGCUGAUCACCGUGGCUGUGGCUGUGGCUGUGGCUGUGGCUGAGCGCAAGCGCAGGCAGGGACCUGGAGGAGCUGGGGAGUAA